AACAUUGUAGCAACUGGCUUGAGUAUAGGUUAAAUUAGGGUUUCACUGAUAAUAAUAAGAGGUGGAGCUGGGAAGGAUGCGGAGGAUGCUCAAAAUAGAUGUUGGCCCAUUCAAAGGAUCCUUUCAUUUUUGGCUCAACUUUUUGUCUGCUUUAUGUUCACUUCAAGUGUACUUUUGUUUUGAACGGUUUAUUUUGCAUCGGCAACCAUUAUUGUUGUUGUUGUUGAUUGAUCAAACCUUUCCAAUCAGGAGAAAGGUAAAUCACUUUUAGGAGAAAGUUAAAGUCGACCAAAAAAAGAUGAUUAAAGUUGAAUGCAACGAUGAAAUGUCAUCGAUUAACCUUGCCAGUCAAGGUUCAUCAUUUUCUUCCUUCUUCAUUAAAGACAUUCUCAGUGAACGGCCCUUCAGUUUAACCACCAGCAAUAGUAAUAGUGAUUGUUCCCAAGGAACUGGAUUACCAUCUUCUUCAUCUUCUUCACCUUCACUCUUGUCACCCUCUUCAUCUUCACCCUCAUCGACAACACCUUCAUCCAAUCCUCCGACCACCAAUGCAACCAGUAAAAAAAAGAAAUGUUCACCUGAUUCUAAGACCGGGAAACCGCGUCGAGCUCGAACUGCAUUCACUUAUGAACAGUUAGUUGCUCUUGAAAAUAAGUUUAAAAAUACUCGUUACCUUUCAGUUUGUGAACGUUUAAGUCUAGCUUGUAACCUUCAUCUAUCUGAAACUCAGGUUAAAAUUUGGUUUCAAAAUCGUCGAACCAAAUGGAAGAAGCAAAACCCAGGAAUGGACGCCAACAGUCCAACCGUUCCAGCCUCACCUACUCUCUGUAGCUCAUCUGUUGCAACCUCAUCAUCAACCUCAGGACUUGGUUCCGGUGCCUCUAGUUUCAUGGGAUCAUCCUAUUCAUCAGCAGCUCUUCUAUAUGCAUCCCAAUUGCCUUUUCUCAUCCCAACAUCAGUAGGCUCAUCAUCAUCAACAACCUCACCUUUCACUGCCCAUCAGCACUUCAAACAUGCAUCAGCUCACUCCUUAAUACACCAUUUAACCCACUCGUGAUUCCCACCACCAAUGUUGUUGUCAAGUUCAUUUGACCACAUCUCAACAUCUGAAACUUCAUCGGACCAAAUGAACCCAAACCCUUGUUUAAAAGUAAAUUGAACAAAGGAUCAAAACAAAACUCUCAUUUUUACAAUUAAAUAUUGAAAAGUUGAUUUCAAUUUACUUUUUAAACUCCCAAUGUAAAUACAAUCCCAAGCGACAAUAAACUCCAAGCAAAACUGCAGCUAAACGAAUGUCAAUCUAGAUUAAACUAAACAAUUAGUUAACUGAAAAUCUGUUUACUGAUUGCAUGACUGGGAAAAGCCUGAAUCAAGAUGCUCAGGUUAAUCGAUGGUCAAAAGAUGACAAGCAAAGAUCUCAUUUCUUUUCUCAUUACACCAUUAAUUUGUUAAAAUGUUAUCAACUCAGUCUAAUCUUAUUUUACUUUAUCAUUUCAAAAUUGUACUUUUAAAUGUAUGCAAAUGUAUCAAAAUGUAUCAUCCACAUCAUCAUCCUAUCAAUGAUAAAAAAGAAA